AUGAAAGCUCUAAGAAAUGAAGUACCAACUAAUAGUGAAGCUUCAAGAAAUGAUGAACUUCAAGAAAUGAUGAAGCUUCAAGAAAUAUUAAAAGCUCUAACAAACAAUAAAGACCAACAAAUGACAAAAGCUCCAAGAAAUGACAAAGCACCAACAAACAAUAAAAGCUCUAAGAAAUAA